AUGCGAUUGUGUCGCAUUUUCUCAGGUGUGUGUAGAAAUUUUAUAUUCACAAUGAAGAAUGACGAGCGUGAAAUGCCCGUACUGUGGCAUCAAUGUCUGCUGGCUCUCUGCCAACGAUAUAAGAACGAUUUUAGCCCGGAACAAAAAGCUGCUAUCAUGGACCUCAUCAGGGUUUGUUCAGCAUAUCAAAGGAGUGGGUUCAAAAAUCUGGCAUCUCUCGCAGAAAUGCUUGCAAGAUGCCAGUCAUCGAAUCGCUGUGUGUUUUCUCUGUGGCCAACAGUCUCUUCUGUAACCGUUCCUCACAUCAGUCAACGAAGAUGGGCCUUAUCUAAUUCUAAUGAUUCCGUGCGUGCUGAUGGCCCUCGCUCUUUGAUACGAUCGUUAAGAAUCACGAGUGCUUCGGAUAUUGUCCUUGCUUCUCCAGUCGCCCUGCGGCCAUACCUUCAAAUAAUGCGGAUAGACAAGCCUAUCGGAACCUGGCUGUUAUAUUGGCCGUGCACUUGGUCCAUCGCUCUAGCUACUCCUGCCGGUCAACUUCCUUCGUUGUACUAUCUAACACUUUUUGGUGUUGGCGCAAUAUUGAUGCGCAGUGCUGGCUGCGUAAUUAAUGAUCUGUUUGAUAAGGAAUUCGACAAGAAAAUGAACUGGUUCAGUGUUGCAGUUGGCUCGGCUUCAAUGUUUCUAGUAGUAGGAUAUCCGCUGGCAAAGCGAUACACUUACUGGCCGCAGUUUGUUUUAGGUGAGCACUGUUCGUACAAUUUAUUAGAAUCAGUGCUCUAA